AUGUGUGGUAUUGCCUAUGGAUGUGAAUAUGAUGAAACAACUAUUACAUUACAAGGUAUUGGAGUAUUAUACAAAUAUUGGAGAUAUGGUAUUGGUAGUCGAUUAUUAGAAUUUUUUGAAACAAAAGUAGAUAGAAUAAAAAUUACAGUUGGAACAGCUUCUGAUGAAUCUGUAGAACAAUUUUAUCUUAAAAAUGGAUACAAACCCGUACAAUUUCUUAUUCGAAUUAAAUUUAAUCAAUUACCUUUUGAUUAUGAACAAAAAAAAGCUAACUUUAAGGUUAUCAAUGAAAAGUAUGAUCAAGAAAAUGAAGCAAUUAUUUUAUUUAUUGAAACAUUAGAAUAUGAUAAUAAAUUAAAAAAUAAUAUUAAAACAGAAUUUCAUUCCUAUGAAACAAUUUAUAUCAUGGAAAAGGGUAUUCAGUCCAAUAUAUCAUGUGAUAUAAAUCAAUUUUUCUUAUCCAAAACUGAUGAUGUAUGUCCUUCAGUAGUAAAACAAAAAAAUACAUAUCCAAACUUAAAAAUACGGCGAUAA